AAAAACUACAUAAAAAAAAAACUCUGAUAGAAAUUUGAAUUGUGUGUCAAUCGAAAGGCUGCUAAAUUUAGUUUUGGUAAUUGAGAACAACUUUUGUAAAUUGUAAACGAAAACCAGUUUUUACGUGGAUAAAUAAAAUCAAUUGCCAAUUGAUUCGCCAGCAUGCCGGUGGUGGACCUAACUGUCGAUCGCAAUCUGCUGUGCCCCAAUUUCGACGGGUACAAGCUCUCCUUUGAUGCGGUGCCGGUGCUCCGUCAAGGCUUCGAUCGCGAUCCGCUCAAAUUGGAGCCGCACCUGAAUCAAUAUUCGCUGCUGCACGUCGAGCUCUUUGCCAAGCACAAUCUGCUCUUCUCGGAUCCGUGGGCCCGACACAACAGCUACUACAUGAACACGGCCCACCAGCUGGUCCUUUGCUCCUACGAUGAGCAGCACGGCCAGCCGCGCGCCCAGCGUGUCGUCUACACGAUGCGACGCGAGGAUCACGGCGAUGGGUACCAGCAUCUGGUCGGCGACUACAACUACACGCUGCGCUUCAUAUCCGAGAAGUACUGUGUGGUGUGCGACGGCAUGCUGACCUUCCAUCUGCUGGAGACCGGCGAUCGGAUGCGCGACACCAGCUGGCAGCUGGUCACCCGAUCGCCGGUCACCAACGACAUGCAGCAGCGCGGAUUUGUGCUGUACGAUGCGCGCCUGGACAUGGUGCAGGAGCGCAAGCAAAUCUCGCUGAUUGCCGGCCAUGUGAGGCGACGCGAGGCCGCCGCGCCGCAUCAGGCGGACGUGCAUGUGAUGCAGCUGAUCUGGUCGCGUUGGACCCUGGACAGCCAGCCCGAGGCGAGCUGGUCGUACAAGCUGUGCGAGCAGCUGGAGACGCCCGGCUCAAUAUACUAUUGUGCCUUUGAGCCGCGCGCCGACUCCCUGGUCGUCUGCUCCAAUGGUCAGCUCCAGACGCUGGCCCAGCUCAAGGCCGAGGCCGAGCAGGCGGCGGCGGCAGCGACUGCUGCCGAGGCUCAGCUAAAUCAUGACAACGAGCCCAGCUACAGCUGGACGCAGACAGAGCAGGAUGUGAUCGUGCGCUUUCCAUUGCGAUCGGGCGCCACACGCGAUGAAUUCAAUAUAAGCUGUACGCCGCGGCAGGCGCUGGUGAAGCGGCGGGAAGAGACGCUGCUGCAGGGCGUGCUCUAUGCGGAUGUGGAGGACGAGCUGACCAGCUGGACGGUGGAGGGGCAGACGCUGCAGCUGACGCUAGUCAAGCAGCGGCAGGAGCAGUGGCCGCGACUGCUGCAAACAGAGCACGUGGUGGUGGAGGCGGUGAAGGAGGAGCAGCCGGCGGAGCAGCCGGCGGAGCCGGAGGACGAUAGCGAAAUGGAUAUCGAACCGGAGCCAGAGCGUCUGCCCAUACCAAAUCUCGAGGAUCCCAUCGAAGAAUGUGACUUUCCAUUGGGCAACAGCGACGAUGACAUCAAAAUGGUGCGCUUCAAUCUGAGCACAUCUGGGAUUACGCACACGAUAUUCAUGGGCGCGAUACCGCCAUUGUUUGCCACCUCGCUGCGCGCCGGCUAUCCGGCGGCAUUUGUUACACGUCAGGGCGUGGACGCGUCCGUUUGGCUGCAAUUAUAUCAGCCGGCGAAGCCGGGCGAAUGGAGUGUCCGGCACGAGGGCAAUUUGCAUGCGUUUGGCUAUGUGCAGGCAUCCAAGCAGCAGCGUAAAUUUAUUGACUGUUGCCCCCAGCUGGAUUAUGCGGUCAUUUCGGAGAGCUAUCGACAUGUGUUCAUUUAUAAGCCGCGCUACGAUUCCGCCGGGGGACUGCGCAAUCGCAACGGUCCGCAGGUGGUUAUUGGCAAACAGAAUUUGGUCACACUGGACGACGAUCUGGGCGAGGUGCUGGGUCUGGUAACUGCAACAAAUGUGAUUACGGUGCUCACCGAACAUGCUGUACUCUAUCUACAGGUUUAGUUUUUAUUUAAAAUGGACAAAAAAAAAACGAAAGAAAA